AUGGAGCCGCUGAUGCGCUGGAUGAAGCGGGGGGUAGAAUUUAUGGGGAGGCAAUGGAACUUGUUUGAUAUAGCCUCAUUGGUUGUGGUUUUAUCUUUGCAUUUGCUUGCUCUUUUAGCUCCAGUUCAUUUCAGCUGGGGUGCAUUAUGGUUGGCCUGCGCACUCUAUGUUGUGACAGCUCUAGGUAUAACUCUAGGUUUCCAUAGGAGCCUUGCGCACCGGAGUUUUAAGCUUCCUAGAUGGCUCGAAUACUUUUUUGUCUAUUGCGGGGUUCUUACACUACAGGGAAGUCCAAUUGAAUGGGUGAGCACACACAGGUACCACCACCAGUUUACUGACACAAAGAAAGACCCUCAUAGCCCUCUUAUGGGAUUCUGGUUUAGCCACAUUGGUUGGAUAUUGAACCAUAGCUUUCGACGACUAAAGAACGUUGACGAUUUAAAAAGGCAGCCGUACUAUAUGUUUCUUCAUCGCACCUACCUUCUUCACUCGGCUCUUCUUGGAGUUCUACUAUAUGUCAUAGGAGGACUGCCCUAUCUUGUUUGGGGAAUGGGUGUGAGGACGGUAAUUGUUUACCAUAUUACAUUUUCAGUAAAUUCAAUUGGCCACACAUGGGGAAAGCAAGUUUGGCACACCGGUGACUUGUCUAGAAACAACUGGUUGCUGGCAUUGCCAACUCUUGGAGAAGGCUGGCACAAUAAUCACCAUGCUUUUGACUACUCAGCUCGGCAAGGUCUAGAAUGGUGGCAGAUUGAUAUUACAUGGUAUUUGAUAAGAUUUCUUCAAGUGGUUGGUCUGGCAACCGACGUGAAAACACCAACUGAGACUCAGAAGAAACGAAAAGCUUUACACAACGCCAGCAAUUUAGAGAAGAAUAAGUCAAAAGUUAGCAAUGGAAAGUUUUAA